GAAAGGUACUGGAGGAUGGAGAGGAAUCUGAACUCCAAUUAAACAGGUCAGUAACAUGACCUUCAACCCACUCCCCUCAGGGUAGGGGCGGGGAGAGAAAUAAUUGGGAAUGAACAAACUCAGAGACCCUUUCUGCUCAUAGAAGGGAAGGGUCAGGCCCACAGAGAUCUCAUGAUGCCCUUCACUGAACUAGUUAAACAUCUAAAGUAAGAACCUGUAGCCACUGCUCUUCUCCUGAUCUGACUGGAAGGGUUUAGAAAUCCCUUCAAAAGAGGAAGAGAACCAGGCCAAUAGAAUAACAAAAACAGACAGGCAAAAAAAUCAGGAAUUGCCAGUGAUAAAAAGGAAAAGAGGGAAAGCAAAAACUGAAGGGCAGAAAGAAGCAGAGUAGGAUUCAAUACACAGCACAGAAGCUGCUCCUUCUCCUGGCCACUGGACUGGUGAGGAUGAACUGAAAGUAGAAAGGACAAGAAGACUCCAAGCAGCUUGAAACCCCAAGAGGCCACAGAAGUACCUUCCAGAGAUGCAUAACUCAGACGUGAUCUGCUUUGCUGUAGGGAGUAUCUUAUGGUUCCCCCACGUGAGAGGUGAGGAAGGCUGCCUUAACACUGAACUCUGUUCCGGUACAGAAUGGAACCAUCUGUGGUAUAUCUGGCUGGUGCUGGUGCUCGGGGGGCUCCUGCUGCUGUGUGGCCUGGUCUCUGUGUGCGUCAGGUGCUGCUUCCAGUGCCAGCAGGCAGGGGACGAGGCGGGCCCCCGGCCCUAUGAGGUCACCGUCAUUGCCUUCGACCAUGACAGCACCCUGCAGAGCACCAUCACCUCUCUCCACUCGGUGUUCGGGCCUGCUGCCAGGAGGAUUUUAGCCGUGGCCCACUCGCACAGCGCUGCCCAGGGCACCCCGCCCCUCUGUGCCCCUGACACCCCUCCUGUGUAUGAAGAAGCGCUGCGCAUGAGCAGGUUCACCGUGGCCAAGGCGGGCCACAAGGUGCCGGACCUGGAGCCGGUGCCGGAGGAAAAGCCACAGGCGCCCGCCGAGGGCAAGGACAUCCAGCCAGCCCUCCCAGGACACUGAUGGAUGUCUGCUUUCACCUGAUAGCAAAAAACACAGGAUAGCUGCACGCAGAGACUAAUUCAGGUGGGCAGGGCUUUCAGAAUUUCAGAUUAAUUUCCUUAGUCAAUUGAGAAGGGGGGGUGAAGCAACUAAAAUUCAAAAUAUUUUCA